AUGACUCUGGAACCUCGCAUCCACGGCAUCGGGGAGCCCAAGCUCGAUGCCGUGGGCACCUUCUACGUCUGCUUCUCCGCCAUCUGGACCUCCAUCCUGGCCGGCGGCAUGUACUUCCUGUACAGGAAGCGUGAGAUGCCCAUCAUCCGAAUCCGUGGUCUCCCCCUAUCCUUUGGCGGAAUCAUCUUCCUCCAUCUCUACUGGAUCGCCGUCCAGACCGGAUACAUCUACGGCCCGUGGAUGUCCGCCGGCGUCGAGUACUGGAUCAUGAGUAUCUGGGUCCCGUCCGGCAUCGCCCUCUUCCAUGCCUCCAACACCCGAUUCCUCUACGUCGCCGAGAUGCAGAAGCGCUACAUCACCACCACCGCCCUCGAGAGGAGGCGUUCCGCCAACAAGAAGGGAAAGACGCUGCUCGACAGGUGGCGCGCAAAGGACCACACCACGCAGAUGCUUAUCCUUGUAGGCGCCGGUAUGGCCUUUCAGCUCUUCCUGACCGUCUUCAUGUUCCUCGUCUCCCGCAAGUUCCACGAUUCCUUUGGCAUCCCCGGUACCGAGGUCCACGGCGACUGGGCUGCUCGUAAGGCUGCCGCCAGCAAGGGCUGGGAGUGGUGGCCUUCGGUCUUCUGGCAGUGCAUCUGGGCUUGGAUGGUCGCCCCCUACACCCUUUGGCGCGCCCGCCACCUCCACGACACUCUCGGUUGGAGGCUUCAGACCAUCGGAUGCUGCGUCGCCAGCCUCCACGCCACUCCCAUGUGGCUCAUCGGCAUCUACGUCCCUGCCAUGGCUCCCGUCAACAAGUACUGGAUUCCUCCUCAGUGGAUCGCCGUCUCCAUCAUGCUCAUCGAAAUCUUCACCAUCUUCCUGCCCUGCUGGGAGGUGCUCAAGCAGCAGUCUCUCCGCCACGAGACCCUCGACUCCAUUGCCCGCUGGGAGGCCCGCAACAAGGCCGGAGUCGUCAACGGCGGCUCCCUCGACACCGGAAGCACCCUGACCAGCGGCGGCAAGAAGACGCGCAAGACCAAGGCCGGGUCCGUACAGACCAACACCUCCGACAACUCGAUCCUGACCAUGGAGGCCCUGGAGCACACCCUCAUGAAGAAUCCCGAGCCUCUCCAGCAGUUCUCCGCGCUCAAGGACUUCUCCGGCGAGAACAUCGCCUUCCUGCGCCGCGUGGGCGAGUGGAAGGCCAAGUACUACCUCCCCCGCGCCGCCGGGAACGUCAUGUCGGCCAUCUCGGAGAAGGACGGCGCGCCGAUGAGCCCCACCGCCGAGGUGGACAUCCGGUCCAGCUUCGAGGACGCCCUGCGCAUCUACGUCGACUUCAUCAGCUCUCGCAGCGCCGAGUUCCAGGUCAACCUGUCGUCGCCCGACUUCAAGAACCUGGCCGCCGUCUUCGAGAACGCCGCCCGGAUCGUCUACGGAGACGAACACAGCCCCGACCCCGCCACGCCCUUUGAGAACCCGGGGUGGCGCGUGGGAACGCACUCGUCCCACUCUCACGAGUCGGACAGGUCCGACGCCACCAUCAUGGAGAACAUCCGCUUCUGGGGCGACAUCCCGGACGAGUUUGGCGAGAACGUCUUUGACGAUGCCGAGGUCAGCAUCAAGUACCUCGUCCUCACAAACACCUGGCCCAAGUACGUCAAGUCCCGUCGUUCCAUGGACUGUAGCGAGAUGAGCCACGAGUUGGGCAACGGUCGCUGCAUAUUCACCUCGGAGGCGUAG